AUGGCUGACAAACCAGACGAAAUGUCCUUCUUGCGCAGGAUUUUCCUCGUUUUAAUAAGUUGUUGCGUUUUACUCAAUAAUUUGGUUGAAGCUGUAGUACAAACGGCGAUUAUCGACAAAAACACUGGGCAACUUUCUCUUUUGGAGGGUUACAGAGAAGAUUUCGUGGCCUGGGCUAACUUCACCGACGACAUUCAAACUUCAGGCUGGGCUUUCUUGGAGGUGACAACUAGCAGUGAAUACAAUGAUAGCAUCCAGGCGUAUGCAGCUGGAGCCGUGGAGGCUUCAGUCACAUCUCAGCUUAUCUACAAGCACUGGAUGAACACACUAAUGGGUUACUGUGGACCCUUCUCGAAAGAUUCUGGUUACUGCAAUCGCCUUAAAACUUUCAUCAUGAUGAACCUGCAGUGGAUUCAGGAGCAAAUGGAGAAGGAACCAAAUUCACCAUACUGGUACCAGGUUCGCCUGGCUCUUCUUCAGCUCAAAGGUCUGGAAGACAGUUACAAUGAAGAACUGUCAUUUCCUACUGGCCCAAUAUCAUUUAACCCAUUUGGUUUCCUACUCUUCCAAAUGGGUGGAGAUCUGGAAGACUUGGAAUCGGCUCUGAAUAAAUCCAGCCUGACUCGGCCACUUGGAUCUGGCUCUUGCUCUGCUCUCAUUAAGCUGUUGCCAAACAAUAAGGAUCUACUUGUUGCACAUGACACCUGGAAUACCUAUCAGUCAAUGUUGCGGAUCAUAAAGAAAUACAACUUUUCCUUCAAAGUUUCCCCAUUAGAUAAUCUUAUCCUUCCUGGACGGAUCCAGGCAUUCUCGUCCUACCCUGGGUCUAUUUUUUCUGGAGAUGACUUUUAUAUCCUUAGCAGUGGCCUGGUUACCCUAGAAACCACCAUUGGAAACAACAACCCUGCUCUGUGGAAGUUCGUUCAACCCACAGGCACUGUGAUGGAAUGGCUGAGGAACAUUGUAGCAAACCGCCUGGCAGUUACUGCCAAAGCCUGGGUGGAGUUAUUCAGAAAGUACAACAGUGGCACGUAUAACAACCAGUGGAUGAUCGUGGACUAUAACAACUUUGCUCCAGGGAAGACAGACAUCAUGGAGGACCUAUUUGUCGUAUUGGAGCAAAUUCCGGGUCAAAUUGUUUCUGCUGAUAAAACACAAGAAUUGCUUCAGAAAGGAUACUGGGCAAGUUACAACAUACCGUACUAUGAAGAAAUAUUUAAUGCUAGCGGCUGUAAUGAACUGGUCGAAAAGUUCGGUUCGUGGUUCUCUCUGGACGAGAAUCCGCGUGCUCAGAUAUUCAAAAGAGACCAGAAAGCUGUGACUGAUGUUGCCUCCAUGAUGCGCCUCAUGAGAUAUAAUAACUUUAAAAAAGACCCCUUGUCACGGUGCCAAGGCUGCAAUCCACCUGAGAAUGGCGAGAACGCCAUCUCUGCUCGCUCAGAUCUAAACCCGGCAAAUGGCACUUACCCGUUCGGUGCCUUACGACAAAGAUCCCAUGGAGGAACGGAUAUGAAGAUGACCUCUUACGGGAUGUUUCGUCAGUAUGAGAUGCUGGCAAUAAGUGGGCCCACUUGGGACCAGGUCCCGCCAUUCCAAUGGAGCACAUCUCCAUAUAAGGAUCUUCUGCACAUGGGUCAACCUGAUAUUUGGGCAUUUAAACCUGUUAAAGUGACCUGGACACCUUAA